AUGGUGGAACAUAAUGGCAGGGAGGCUCUGCCGGGACUGAGGAGAAGGUGGGGGUGGGGGUGCCUCGGCUUGCACAGAUGGGGGAGACGCUCCCGUGUGAUUCCGUGUGAAACGGCUCCCUGGAGUGUGCCGGGGGCGGGGAGGGCUGCCGCUGCCUCCGAGCGCUCCGCGGGCAGGCGCCGAGGCCGGGGCCGGGCAGGUCGCGGCCUCCCGCAGCCCGGGGUGGUGGCGGCGGGGGGGGGGGUUCCCCGCUCUGCCGCCGGCGCCCGCCGAGCCCAAGCGGCCAGGGAAUCCCGCCCCGAAAGGGAACGAGCGGUGCCGGCGGGCGCUCGGCCCGGGCCGCGCCAGCGGGCCGGUUCCGAUCCCUCCCCCGGGUCUUCCCCGCGGCCCUGCCGGCAAGGACGGGGGCAGGCCGUCUACGACGACGACGCCGGCGGCAGCCCCGGCCCCGCGGGGAGGCCUGCCGCCGGGUCCCGCGCCUCGGGGCCUGCCGGGCCGGGCCGGCAGCGCCGCCGCGCUCUCGCCGGCUGUGAAGGGGUCUCCGCUCCCCCCGAGCGCCUCGGGCCUCGCAGCGCACCCGGGGGGGGCCGAGCCCCCGCAGCUGCCAAGGCAGGGCUGCUGCCCGCCGGCGGCAAGCCAACAGAGGACAGGCGAACAGGACGCGCUGUCAGCUCAGACCUUUUACUUGCUUCGCAAGUGUGGCCCUGCGGCACGGCUCCUCGGGAAGCCGAGGGCUCGGGACGCCGUUCCUGCUGCUCGGGCAGGUGUGAGCGGGCGGCGUCGGCGAGGGAGGCGGCCGGCCGGUGCGGCCUGGUCGGGCAGUCACCAUCCCUACCGCAGGCCGCAGCAGGGAGAGGCCAGGAGCAAAGCCUCUGAUGCUGCUGUCCUCGCGGUGGAGAGUCUCAAUCAAGACAAAUGAAACCGCCAGUGUAUUCCUUCCACUUUGACUCCACAACAGCACUGAGAUGGGAUCUCCUGGUUAUCUGCGCUGACGGAGCAGUGAACUUUUCUAUCGGAUCGCAUACCAUGUAUUUCGUUCCCCAGGAACUGUGAGGCUUUAACCCUACAUUUUCUUUUCCUGAAGAAAGACCUCCAGUACAGCCUGCUAUUAUAUUACUUCCUAGCAGUCAGCAAGGAGUGCUGCCAAUUCAAAACAUUUUCUCUUUGAUGCUGCAGUGAAUGCUGAAUUUGUGUGCAAUAAUAACUUCUUAAUUAUUUAACUUCUUAAGGAUUUCAAGGCUCUUGAAAUCCAGAACUCUAAAAUGUGGUGUAUUCAUCCCACACUUUCUGUAUAGGAAUCAGUUUUAACUGUAUCAAAUAUAAAUAGCUACAAACAUAGCUUUUACACCUUAAAAAUGUGCUGGGGCCAAAGAUGAUUUUGCACAAUAAAAGAUAAGGUCAAUUUAUGUUUAAUUUUUUGAUGUCAGAAUAAAUGAUGCCCUUUUUGUCCUCUCCCAA